AUGCACAACGUGACAUUUAAGACUUCCCAAGGGAACUGCAUGCUCGCCAGCAAAGGUUAUGGAAAAGUUUAUGAGUGGAUCCAUGCCCUCGGCCUCCCGGCCUCCCUCCCGGAGGAGGAUGGCCUUGGCUGCCGUGCUGCACCCACCGCUGGAGAGGAGCCCGCGGGGGCCCCCGGCAGCACCCCACGGACCACGGGCAUCCCACAGACCACAGAUGCUCUGCGGACCACAGGCGUCCUCCGGACCACGGGUGCCCCAUGGACCACGGGCAUCCCCCAGACCCUGGGCAUCCCCGUCGGGGCAACGCCACCGGCCCCCACGGCAGCAGGGUCGGCACCUGGCCCCGAGCACAGCACCGACGGCCCCAGGCUGCUCCUCUACUACAUCCUGGGCAGCCUGGUAGCCAUCCUGCUGCUGCUGGCCUUCGCCCUGGCCCUGCUGGCCUGCAAGAAAAGGGCGGCCAAACGGGAGAAGCGGCCGGCCAAAAGCGCGGCAGACAACUAUUGCUGGGUGCCCGAGCAGCCGGAGAGCCACGGGGCGGGCGGCGAGCGCAGGGGCGCCCCGGGCUCCCGGCUGCCCGCCGACGGCAGCAGCUGCGAGGACAACGACGACUGCGCCGUCUUGCCGAAGCUGUGCGAACAGGUCUGCGUCAACACCGAGGGCGGCUUCGAGUGCCACUGCCACCGCGGCUACAAGAUGGUGGAGGGCCACUGCCGGCCCGUCUCCCGCUGCUACGAGGCGCCCUGCGAGCAGCAAUGCGAGGACGUGCCCGGCGGCUACCGCUGCAGCUGCUACCCCGGCUACGCCGUCGACCCGCAGGAGCCCACCCGCUGCCUGCUGCACUGCAACCACAGCCAGUGCCCGGCCAAGUGCGACCCGUACCACCACUCCUGCGAGUGCCCCGAGGGCUUCUUGCUGGACGACGAUGCCGCCAGCGGGCAGGUCUGCAUGGACAUCGACGAGUGCGACAUGAACUUCUGCCCACACAACUGCACCAACCGCCCCGGCGGCUACGAGUGCCACUGCCGCGCCGGCUACCGCCUCCACGACCAGAACAAGUGCAUUGAAAUCACGGAGGAGGACUGGGAGGGAGCAUACUCGGGGGAUUUCGGGCCCGGAUCCCAGACGCCCGUCCCCAGCCGGACCCCACCGAAGGCGGAGCACCUCCACCCCGGCACGCUGGUGGGCAUCGCCGUGGGCGUCCUCUCUGUGGCCCUGGCCCUGCUGGCCCUGAGCUACCACCUGGCGAAGAAGCACUGCAGGCCCCCCGCCACCAUGGAUUACAAGUGCAGCGGCCCCCACGAAAAGGAGAUGGGACUUCAGCCGGUCGCCUCGGGCUGUGCCGCCUCCGGCCAGAAACUGUAG